AUGGCAGUUUCAGCAGAGGACUUUGAUCAUAGAUGUGAACCAUGUUUGGUGAUUGACCAGCAAAUAGAAGCUCAUGGAUUUUGUGUGGACUGUCAAGAAUACUUGUGUAAGAACUGCUUUUCUUAUCACCAACGAAUAAAGGCGACCAAACAUCAUCACCUGGUAAACAAAGAUAAUAUGGCUAAACAUGCAGUUAUCAAAGAAUCAGACGAAUGCACUGAGAAGUGUCAAGUGCACAAAAAGGAAGUGAUCAAAUUUUUCUGUCCAAAACAUGAAGCUCUCGGCUGCAAGGAUUGUAUCGUCCUGGAUCAUAGGGCAUGUGACAUUGACUAUAUACCUGACAAAUGCACAGGUAUUGGGGACAGUGCAGAGUUCAGAGAAGUACUGAGGGAGCUGGACCAGAAGGUGAAUGAGGUCGAAGAUAUUAUAAAGCUGGCCGCAUGUAGAGAAAAUGAAUUAGAUUCAUGCCAUGACAGAUUAAUCAAAGAAAUUACAAUGUUUCGCAAAGAGAUAAAUGAUCGCUUAGACCAACUACAGAAGCAAAUUCAGACAGAUGUCGACAGAAAGAAGUUCACAGAUAAACAAGCAGUAAAGAAUGUGGUUGAAACAUGUACAAACAUUUCUUCAGAUAUAAAACAGCGACAGUCAAGACUUCAAGAUUACAAAGCCUCACAGCAGAAUGGACAACUUUACAUUAUAUUGAAACAAGCUAAAUCCAAGCUAAAGUCAGAAGAAAUAAAGGAGGCAGACAGAAGUUUAGAAAAGACAAACAUGCAAUACACAUUUGAGCAAAACCAAGAUCUGGAAGACAUGCUUUCAAGACAAAAUGCAUUUGGAAAGCUCGCACUCUCUUCUUCUCUG